CGGCGGAACCAAGGAAGCUUUCCCACAGUGCAAUUUGCAUUUUUGAGAUUUUUCAGUAGUUUGACAGCUCUAAAAUGGCAAAAAACGGAGAGCCCGAUUACGACCAGCUUGGUGAAGAAGGAGAAUGCAAAGUCAAGAUUAUAUGUCUGGGGGACAGUGCUGUAGGCAAAUCAAAGUUGGUUGAAAGAUUUCUAAUGGAUGGAUAUAAACCUCAGCAGUUGUCUACAUAUGCUUUAACACUUUUCAACUAUAAGACAGAAGUGAACAAACAGAAAGUUCUUGUUGAUUUUUGGGACACGGCGGGCCAGGAAAGGUUCAACAACAUGCAUCCUUCAUACUAUCAUCAAGCACAUGCAUGUAUACUGGUAUUUGAUACAACCAGAAAAAUAACAUACAAAAAUUUACCAUUGUGGCUGAAGGAAUUGCGGGAAUAUAGACCGGAAAUACCAUGUUUAUGUUGUGCUAACAAAAUAGAUGUGGAUUAUAGUGUAACAAAGAAAAGUUUUGGAUUUGCAAAGAAACAUCGGAUGCCUUUCUAUUUUGUGUCAGCUUCAGACGGUACAAACGUUGUAAAGAUGUUUAAUGAUGCAAUACGAGCAGCUGUAGCAUACAAGAAUGACAGUACUGAUUUUAUGGAUGAAAUCAUGAGAGAAUUAGAGAAUUUUGAAUUAGAGACAGACACAAGCUCAACAAAAGGUGAACAAGAAAAAGACAGUAUAUUAGAUAGUGGUUUAGAUUCACCAGGAAACGCUGAAGACAAAGAAUCAAACAGACCGGCUAGCUGAGGCAUGCUCCGAUUUAGAUGUUCUUAUUUUUAUUUAUCUAUUCCAUACAACAUGCUGAUGUUUUUGUUAGCGAUGUGUGCAAACAUUCCUGCCAGUGGUUCAGAAAACCUCAUGCUAGUUUAGUUUCGUCCAAACUACAAGAAAUAGAAUCAUCGAUAGAUUGUGUGAAGUGUGUUGAACGUAUUGCCUUAUGAACACAUUUUGUAAAAAUCACAAAGAUAGUUUAAAAGAAUGUGUUACUGUUACCCAUCUCAUAUUUUGUACCACUUAUUUUUCCAAUUUACCUAUGCAGUCCUGGGGGGAGGGUGGGGGUGUAUGUAGUAGCUUCUUCAAUUAUAAAGAGCAGAAUGUAAAUAUACAAAUUUGUGAUACUUGUUUGUUUGAUAGAAAUAAAUAUGGAUAACUUUUGAAAAAUUCUGUACAGACCAACUUUCUAGAAGUAAGCUAAAGUGACGACAUUUUUUUCUGAGGUGGCUUAUAAGGUUUACCUAAGAUAAACUGGCCAGAUCUGAUAAACCCUACCCAUUUGGUUUUAUAGGUUAUACAUGUAUACAAGUAAAAGAUUCUUUGUAUAUGAAAUUCAAUAUCCUAUCAAGAUAAUAUUGGUAUACUUUCAAGAUUUUCAUUCUCCAAGACAGUAUAUACACAAUACUUGGUAAGGUAAAAAAUUGUUGAAAAAUUUCCAAAUUGUCCGACAUUUGAAGAGCUGCUGAUUUCUCAGGUCAUCAAAAACAAAAGGGGUGUUAAGGAUUGAAUAUCAUACAGUGAAAUUCUAGUCACUUUCAUAUUGCCAGGUUCAAAAACUGAUCUAAAGUAUAAACAUCCUACCUUUGUCUUAGAAAAAGCUUAAUAUAAGCACAAAUUAUGUCAAGUUAUAUCAAAUAUUGUCAGCAAGUAAAAUAUUGUUGUCUUAAACUUACCUUCACAAGAAAAAUAGAAGGCAAAAUUUGCAAGUAUGAGAUGGGUUACAGUUAUAAUCAAAUGUUUUGUUUAUUGUCACUAAGUCAGAUAUUUUAUUUUAUGUUUAUUGUUGAAGGUAUAUGUAAGUUAAGUGGUGCCUAGGUUCAUGAUUAUCAUUCACAUUAUUUAAUAAUGUCACUAAAACUUUUGUCUAUACUGCAUGUAGGUAGUUUAUCCUUUUAGCUUGUAGGCUUCCAUUUGCAUAAAAUAGCUAAAGAUAAUUGCACACUGAUAAUGAUAUGUAUUCAUCAAGUCAUUUGUGUCGUGUUGUCUUUUUAAAAAAAAUUCUCUCGUAUUUGGCUUUUCAUCUGUCAUUACCAAGUUGAAAACAAAAUGCAUCAUCUGAUUUUUCUGAAUCCCUUUACUGUGGCAAGUAUACAUAUGGUGUUUUAGUGUAAGUUGGGACACGCAUAGCUGGUUUUCAGUUGUCGCAGUUGAAGAUAAAAUCAGAAAUAUUGAUGAUAAAUAAAUGUUUCACUGGCCUUUGCUUGAUGUACAGACUGGUGUUUGAGAUUAGAUUUUUUUAGCUCACCAGUCACAAAGUGACAAGGUGAGCUUUUGUGAUCGCGCAGCGUCCGGCGUCCGUCCGUCCGUCCGUCCGUGCGUAAACUUUUCCUUGUGACAUCUCUAGAGGUCACAUUUUUUGUGGGAUCUUUAUGAAACUUGGUCAGAAUGUUCAUCUUGAUGAUAUCUAGGUCAAGUUCGAAACUGGGUCACGUGCCGUCAAAAACUAGGUCAGUAGGUCUAAAAAUAGAAAAACCUUGUGACCUCUCUAGAGGCCAUAUAUUUCAAAAGAUCUUCAUGAAAAUUAGUCAGAAUGUUCACCUUGAUGAUAUCUAGGUCAAGUUCGAAACUGGGUCAUGUGGGAUCAAAAACUAGGUCAGUAGGUCUAAAAAUAGAAAAACCUUGUGACCUCUCUAGAGGCCAUAUUUUUCAUGCGAUCUUCAUGAAUAUUGGUCAGAAUGUUCACCUUGAUGAUAUCUAGGUCAAGUUCGAAACUGGGUCACGUGGGGUCAAAAACUAGGUCAUUAGGUCUGAAAAUAGAAAAACCUUGUGACCUCUCUAGAGGCCAUAUUUCUCAAUGGAUCUUCAUGAAAAUUGGUCAGAAUGUUCACCUUGAUGAUAUCUAGGUCAAGUUCGAAACAGGGUCAAGUGGGGUUAAAAACUAGGUCAGUAGAUCUAAAAAUAGAAAAACCUUGUGACCUCUCUACAGGCUAUAUUUUUCAUGAGAUCUUCAUGAAUAUUGGUCGGAAUGUUCACCUUGAUGAUAUCUAGGUCAAGUUCGAAACUGGGUCAUGUGGGGUCAAAAACUAGGUCAGUAGGUCUAAAAAUAGAAAAACCGUGUGACCUCUCUAGAGGCCAUAUUUCUCAAUGGAUCUUCAUGAAAAUUGGUCAGAAUGUUCACCUUGAUGAUAUCUAAGUCAAGUUCGAAACUGGGUCUUGUGUGGUCAAAAACUAGGUCAGUAGGUCUAAAAAUAGAAAAACCUUGUGACCUCUCUAGAGGCCAUAUUUUUCAAUGGAUCUUCAUGAAAAUUGUUCAGAAUGUUUACCUUGAUGAUAUCUAGGUCAAGUUUGAAACUGGGUCACGUGGGGUUAAAAACUAGGUCAGUAGAUCUAAAAAUAGAAAAACCUUGUGACCUCUCUAGAGGCCAUAUUUUUCAUGUGAUCUUCAUGAAAAUUGGUCAGAAUGUUCACCUUGAUGAUAUCUAGGUCAGGUUCGAAACUGGGUCAUGUGCGGUCAAAAACUAGGUCAGUAGGUCGAAAAAUAGAAAAACCUUGUGACCUCUCUAGAGGCCAUAUUUUUCACGAGAUCUUCAUGAAAAUUGGUGAGAAUGUUCACCUUGAUGAUAUCGAGUUCAAGUUUAAAAGUGGGUCACGUGCCUUCAAAAACUAGGUCAUUAGGUCAAAUAAUAGAAAAACCUUGUGACCUAUCUAGAGGCCAUAUUUUUCAAUGGAUCUUCAUGAAAAUUGGUCAGAAUUUUUUAUCUUGAUGACAUCUAGGUCACAUGUGCUCAAAAACUAGGUCACUGUGUCAAAUAAUAGAAAUAACGAUGUCAUACUCAGUUCAACACUGGGUCAUGUGGGGAUAGGUGAGCGAUUCAGGACCAUCAUGGUCCUCUUGUUUAAAUAAUAGUCUCUUGAAACAUUCCUUAAAUUCAAAUAUAAAGAUAUGCCUGUUAUCAGCUCCAGCAAUUUUGUAUUCUGUUUAUUAUUGUAAAAUUAUGUUUACUUUCAGUCAUCUAUAAUGCCAAAUAAUCGAAGUGUACAUUUUAUCAUUCCAAGUAAUUAGUAACAAGUUUGUUUGUACUUGAUGGGGACAUAGGUUAUAAAAGUGAGUCUGGAAACCAGUCUGUGAUCUGUAGCAUUUGGUUGGUUGAUUAUGAGCUCAUUUUUGGAAUUGACCAAUGACAAAUCUGUAUUUUGAGACUGGUUCCUAAACUCAGCUUUAUAACCAUGUUUCCAGGUAUUUUAUAGUUAUGAACAUUCUGACUCCAGAAAUUAAGACUUGGACAUUAAAAUGCUAAAUUUUCAAAUUCCUGUAUUUAUGUUAAGAUGCCAGUUAGACUUUUUAUAGAGCCAGAGCUUACAGCUACACAAUGUCCUGUGGAAUUCCAGCUAAACAGAAAUUGAAAUAUUUAGCAUUUUGAUGCCUGACUUAAAGACUCAGAAUGUAGAUGAAAACAGGCCUGAUUUGAGUCUCUCUUUUUAUGAGACUUUGUCAAUAUAUUAUCAUUUAUUGUUGCUGUACUUACAAAGUUUUACACAGGUAUUUAAAAAGGUAGACCUUUAUUUGCUCAGGACAAUUAAUAUUGUUUUGUCAUUAUUUGUAUCUGUCUUGACCUUUUAUGUUUGCUUAAGUUUUAAGUUAAUGGGAUCUUCAGAAACACAUUGUAUAAAUUUAGCCAUUUCCAUGAAAGUACGAUAUAACUUUACAAAAAUUAAAAAAUGUGAAAUGAUUUUAUUUCGUUUAUCUGACAUUCUGUAGUUUCAGCAAGAACUGGUGUUUUUUAGGAACCUGAACUUUUUGCGAGAAUUUAUCCCUCAUGAAAAUUGUUUUACAUUCUAACACGACCAGCUAAUAACCUACAUACAUGUAGAGCAAAAUCUAUCUCGGGUUAUUCUGCAAUAAACCGCUGCGCGCGCACCAUAUUUAGGCCAAAUGCUGUGGCGUAGCAUACAGUUGUAAUUUACUCUUGAUGAAAAUACUCCUUUGAUUCUCGUCUAACGUUAUUUGAAGUAAGUCAUGUUAGAAUAAAAAUAAUCGGCCUUCGUGAUAUUUUCAUACGCAUAAAAACUCCAAACUCGGGUUAUUCUUCGAUAAACCUUAUUGUGAUACUUAUUAUAUACACUUACUGCUUGUCAUGUAAUAAGAUUAUGUAUUGUGAGGAUGAAGAAAAACAUGAAUCGCUUAACUACAGUUCCCUUGACAGCUGCUGAAUUGUUUUACACUUAAAGUGCAGUGAAAAAAAUGAAAUAAUUGUCAAACAUCAUAAAGAGAAAACAAUUGUUACAAAAGUCAGCUGUGUUCUGGAUAUCCCCCUAACUUACAGUUUUGUGUUACUGAAAUAGAUUUCCAAGCUGCCACAGUAGAUCUAGAUAGUGCUGCUUCCAAAAUGGUACAUGGGGUAAUAUUCUCGCCAAAUGUGUACACAUUUUGAUUAUCCGAUAAAACUUUCAUCUGUUUGUAGUUUACUUUUCGAAAAUUAAACACAGGCUUUUUAUCAUGCUGAAUGCUUUUUGAUUAAUACGUCUUUACUUCUGAUGAGUAAUUUUCGCCCAAGCUAGACCUGACUAUAAAGGUUGGAAUCAUUUAUUUAUUGUAUUAUUUUUCUCCAUUUUAAGCUGACUGAAGGUAAGCUGGUUUAUAAAAGAGCUAGUAAUUAAUGUAGAUAGACUCUGUGGCCUAAAAGUUUCUGUGUGAAAAUGCUUAAGAUGUGAUACCUGUCUAUAAAUUCAUAGUUGUUUUGAAAGGUCUCUAUGGCCGGACACUAUAGUUGGUUGUUACCAGUUUAAAACUUUAAGAACAUUAGAUUUUACUCUUUGUUUGCUGGCAGUUACAGGUGAUGUUAAUGACUUGGGUUUGAUAGGAUUCAAAAUACUUUUUAUAAGUUUAUCAUGCAAAAUUAUUGUUGAUGAUAAUUGUAUUAUGAAUGAAGAGAGUUUUAUUAUUAUUAUUUAUCUUAACUUCAGCCUCUGAUUGGUUGAUUUUGAGCACAGUUUUGAAAUUGACCAAUGGCAAGGCUACAUUCAUAGACUGGUCUCCUAACUCAAUAUAUUAUGACCUUGUAUUACAUCUGUUGAACCAAAAUCUUUAUUGUUCAAGCAAGAAUCAAAGCAGAAUCUGGUUUUGUAAGCAGUGUGUUUCUGUGAAAGUUUAAAAUUUUAGCUUACUAGCUGCACAUAGUAGACAGACUUACCGGUGAUACUAGAAAUAGUAGGAUACAAUGUAGAAUGGUUCCCUAGCUUUACUGUUUUCCACACAAUUUCUAUGUAAAAGAAUACGAAGAAGGAAAACAGCUUUAAAGCUUUGAAAGCAGCAAGUCAGACAGUUUUUUAGCCUUGCAGGGUUGCUGUAUAGUGUCUAUAUUUCCUUGUACACGUAGGUUGUGCUCAUGUGUAGAACAUAUUUGCUGGCUGAGCUGUUGUGUUUAAAUACUUUAUGUUCUUGUGUAGAAAAUACAUGUAGAUUGUGUGCAAGUGAAGAACAUAUAAGUAGGUUAUGUUCUUGUGUAGAAAAUACAUGUAGAUUGUGUGCAAGUGAAGAACAUAUAAGUAGGUUAUGUUCUUGUGUAGAAAAUACAUGUAGGUUGUGUGCAAGUGAAGAACAUAUAAGUAGGUUAUGUUCUUGGGUAGAAAAUACAUGUAGGUUGUGUGCAAGUGAAGAACAUAUAAGUAGGUUAUGUUCUUGGGUAGAAAAUACAUGUAGGUUGUGUGCAAGUGAAGAACAUAUAAGUAGGUUAUGUUCUUGGGUAGAAAAUACAUGUAGGUUGUGUGCAAGUGAAGAACAUAUAAGUAGGUUAUGUUCUUGGGUAGAAUAUACAUGUAGGUUUGUGCUGUUGUGUAAAACAUACAGCUAGGUUGUGCCCUUGUGUAGAACAUACAAUAUAGGUUGUGCUAGUGAGGGAUUGUUAGAUUUUAGUUUUCCUUGUGUACUUAAGCUUUCUAUUGAAUUUCCGUCCAAAAGUUACUCAGUAAGUAUAAACCUCAAUUUUCUAAUAGAGAGGUUGAAAUUCCCUAAAAUUCAAAGGUUGAUAUAUGACUGUGAUAUGCCUUUUUGUCCAUAAUAAGACACCCGGUGUAAUAAUGGCCGAAGGGUUUUACCCCAAGGGCCAUUGUGAUACUUGAUGUGUCAUUAUGACCAGAAGCCAUGCCCCAGUCAUUAAUUGACCUUCUAGAUUGUUUUAUGAUGUCACCAUCAGAACACCUUAAAAUAAAGUCACAAACAAAAAGGGUGUGCCAGUAUGAAUAAUAUUUGUACACUUUUUUACCAAAAAUAUUUUACUAUUGAUAGGUAUAUACUGGUAAUUAAGAAUAAGUGUCUUAUGAAUUUUCAAAUAAAUGAUUGGCUUUACCGCAUAUUUAUGCACACUGUGUUGAAGAUCAUAUGUUUAAUACGUUUUUGAUAAGGUGUAUGUCUACAUUUCUUAAAAUUAUUAUGUUCUAAUUUUUAGCUCACCAGUCACAAAGUGACAAGGUGAGCUUUUGUGAUCGCGCAGCGUCCGUCGUCCGUGCGUGUGUGCGUAAACUUUUGCUUGUGACCACUCUAGAGGUCACAUUUUUCAUGGGAUCUCUAUGAAAGUUGGUCAGAAUGUUUAUCUUGAUAAUAUCUAAGUCAAGUUCGAAACUGGGUCACGUGCGGUCAAAAACUAGGUCAGUAGGUCUAAAAAUAGAAAAACCUUGUGACCUCCCUAGAGGCCAUAUUUUUUCAAUGGAUCUUCAUAAAAGUUGGUCAGAAUGUUCACCUUGAUGAUAUCUAGGUCAAGUUUGAAACUGGGUCAUGUGCGGUCAAAAACUAGGUCAGUAGGUCAAAUAAUAGAAAAACCUUGUGACCUCUCUAGAGGCCAUAUUUUUCAUGGGAUCUGUAUGAAAAUUGGUCUGAAUAUUCAUCUUGAUAAUAUCUAGGUCAAGUUUGAAACUGGGUCGCGUGUGGUCAAAAACUAGGUCAGUAGGUCUUAAAAUAGAAAAACCUUGUGACCUCUCUAGAGGCCAUAUUUAUCAAUGGAUCUUCAUGAAAAUUGGUCAGAGUGUUCACCUUGAUGUCUAGGUCAGGUUUGAAAUUGGGUCAUGUGCGGUCAAAAACUAGGUCAGUAGGUCUAAAAAUAGAAAAAUCUUGUGACCUCUCUAGAGGCCAUAUUUGUCAAUGGAUCUUCAUGAAAAUUGGUCAGAAUGUUCACCUUGAUGAUAUCUAGGUCAAGGUUGAAACUGGGUCAUGUGCGGUCAAAAACUAGGUCAGUAGGUCUAAAAAUGGAAAAACCUUGUGACCUCUCUAGAGGCUAUAUUUUUUAUGAGAUCUUCAUGAAAAUUGGUCAGAAUGAUCACCUUGAUGAUAUCUAGGUCAGGUUCAAACUUGGGUCACAUGCAAUCAAAAACUAGGUCAGUAGGUCCAAAAAUAGAAAAACCUUGUGACCUCUCUAGAGGCCAUAUUUUUCAUGAGAUCUUCAUGAAAAUUGGUCAGAAUUUUUAUCUUGAUGAUAUCUAGGUCAAGUUUAAAACUGGAUCACAUGAGCUCAAAAACUAGGUCACUAUGUCAAAUAAUAGAAAAAAACGACGUCAUACUCAAAACUGGGUCAUGUGGGGACAGGUGAGCGAUUCAGGACCAUCAUUGUCCUCUUGUUUACACAUUUGGCAUGUAUUGAAAUUAAUAUCCAAUUUCUUCUUGUACACAUCCAUGCAAAUAUGAAAUCUCAACAUCUAUAAUCUGAUGAUAUAUUUUUGCAGUUAAGUAUAUAUAAUGGUUUCAGUUGUUACAAAACUUAAGGAGAUUUGAUGUCUCUUAAAGGAACAUUUUGCAUUAUGACACAUUAUUUAGAGACAAGAUUUAAAUUUGUCAAUAUUGUGGUUAUUUAUAAGUACUGAGGUUCUUUUUUUUUCUAUUUUGGAGAUCCUUUUUUAUGAGUACCACUCAAAUAUUGGAAAGAAUCAGUUUAAGAUUAGAAAUUAAAUGGUAGUAAUGUGUAGAUAAACUUUUGUUACAGGUCCAAGAUUUUAAUGUACAUAGCUUUGUUAGUAGUUUCUUUUUUGAUAAUGUGUUAUUGAAGUUUUAAAUUAUGAUAAUUGUAUCAUAUUGUACAUUUAUAUAAUUCAUUGCAUUAUGACAAAAAUAAAACAUAUCAAGUAUA